CGUGGGCGUCACAAGCGGAAGUGUUGCUAAGGAAGUUUUUCAGUAAACGCGGGGAACUUCCUGUUCGGAAGAUUUGAAAUGGAGAGACAAGAUUUGGAAAGAAUAAUUACUGAUUUUCAGGCAAAAGCUCGUGGAUUUUUGGUAAGGAAAGAGCUGAGCGGAGUGCGCCAGGAUUAUGAAGACAUCGUGAGUGAGAUCGAGGGAGACCUCAGCCACCUAGAAUGGAGGGGAGGCAUAAUUGCAAUACCUCUUUUCACGAAAAACGCCUUCGUGUGGCAGAGCAAUAAAUGUCCUUCAAGUGAGAAUCCAGAAGAGCCGAGCCGUGUUUCUGAGCUAACGCAGCUCCUGGGGAAACCCAGAGAAGGAACAUCGCAAGAGGUGCAGCUGGUGAUCUCUGACAGCCAGGGGGCAAUGAGAGAACUCCACCAACAGGAACAGUAUGACCGUGUCCCCGCUGUGAGGGACAGUGGGUCCUCCGGGCCAGCAGAGGGCGACGGUGAUCUCAGUCUGGGCACCGAGACGCGCAGUAGAGUUGAGCUCCAGGAAGGAGGGGACCCAGGGAGUGUGGUCAAGGAAACAUUAGUGUGGGACAGCACGGCCGUGGAUGCGGGCUACAGCCUCCUACGGAAAGGAUCUCCCCGCCGCUCGCAGGUGAAGGACAUCCCCAGGAAGCAGGAGGAUCUCUGUCUGCACAGGAACAACCUGUCUAUGGAGCUGCUGUGGCUGCAGCAGGCCAUCAACAGCAGGAAGAAGUAUCUGCUGUUGAAACAGAGACUGGGACUUCCAGAGCGGUAGAACUGUGAUCUGCGGACUGAUAGAGCCUCCUGCUGCUGAGGGGGUUCCUGCUUGAGUGGUGGAGCCAAUUUGGACGUGCUGGGGGCUGGGGCAGUUUUGGGGGGGGGGGGGUCUCUGUAUAUAUUGGUAUUCCGAAUGUAUAUAUGUAUAUGUCUGUAUCUGAUGAAUCUCUCAGGUUUCACACCUUAAUUGUGAGGCCUGCUAACAGAACAGCACUCAUGGAAACGGGAAAAAAAAAUAGUGAAAAGUUGGUAUUUUUGUAUGGAGAAAUGUAAAAACUAAACUAUAUUUUGUCCAAUAAAAUUUUAGUUUUGUAGACAUGAAAUGGAAUUAAACUGGAAUUUUAAAAAAUUGAA